CCCGGACUUCAGAAGUUGCAGUUCACCCCCUGCUUUUUCUUCUGCCUUGCAAAUUGCACCGCGGGCGCUCUCCCUGUCUCCCUCUCGCGUGCGGCAGCCAGUCAAACCGCCGGCGCCCCCAGGCCUUCGUCGGUCCUUCGGGAGGUCAUCGGUGCGUCCUUCGUCGGGGAAUAGCACCCGCACCCACCAGAUGGCCGCGCAAAACGAUCCUGCUGCUUCUCCGAUGGUGUACCCUGUCUACCUUACCGGGGCAUUCCCCCAGCAAGCCGGGGAUGAUCAGGCUCAAGGUCCAGGGAUAUAUGCCAUACAACAGAACCAAUUAGCGGCGGCGAUGGGAAUGGGGUGCUUUGCUCCAACCACACUCAUUCCUCUCACUUACAAGAUCCCAACGGAAAGUGUCGGUGGUCCUGCUGGUGAAGAGAAUGUACAGGAUGCUAGGCAGCAAAAUGGACCUCAAAGACAAGUUGUUGUGAGGAGGUUUCACUUUGCUUUUCAGCUUGACUUGGCCCUGAUCAUCAAACUAGCCGCAGUGGUGUUUCUCUUUAGUCAGGAAGGCUCGAAACAAAGGCUGUUUCUUCUCAUACUGUUUGCCUCAUUGAUUUACUUAUAUCAAACUGGAGCUAUUACACCUUUUGUAAGAUGGCUUCAGCGGGCGGGAGGUGCAGCUGCUCGUCCACCACAGGCUCCUGCUCGGGCCGAGAACCGUGCUCCUCUGCCUGCCCAGAAUGAUGGCAAUGAGCAGCCCAAUGGGCCUGCAAACCCUGACCAAGCUGCUGAGAAUCAUGAACAAGAUGCUGCAGCUGGUAACGAGAAUCCGCAAGAGGCAGAGGUAGAAGGAAAUCAGCGCAAUUGGCUUGGAGGUGUCUUGAAAGAGGUCCAGCUGGUUGUUGUAGGGUUUGUUGCAUCGCUUCUUCCUGGUUUUCAGCACAAUGACUAGGCCUCUUCUUGUCACUGUGGAAAGCAGUGAUAUAGUUAUGGUGAUAUAGGGGAAAUAAUUAUAUGAAGCAGCCGAAAGAUUUCCGUUUAUGCAACUGAAUGCAUCUUUGUUGUUAAUAUUGUUUUGUUUCAUGUUCAAAGACUUCUUGAACCAAUCCCGUCCUGCUUCCAGCAAUACUUGCAGCUCAUAUGUAAAGAGUAGCUGACACCUAAUCAAAUGAACUAUGAUUUGCGUCGCAGAACUAUGGGAUGCUUUGCACCUGAAUACAGUAUCAGUCCCUGUUGUAAAAUGUCUGAAACAUGAAGGAUGAGAGAGUUUUUCAGUACUGAA